AUGGCUGUGUUUCCCGCGCUUUUUGGAUUAAUCCUCGUCUCGAUUGUGACAGGUCAAACUGUAGAGAUCACCCCCAAACAGGCUGUGCGACGAGUAGGAGAUGACUUGACUGUUCUCUGCAAAGUUCCGUACCCAAUUGAUUCUUGCCGGAUGACAGUCGGUUCCACCCCGUACAGACUGAUCCCGAGCAACCAGGACGAAGAUGUGGUCUAUUCGGGCCAGGGCCUGCAGUUCGGCGAGUGCGGCGCGCAUAUAAAGCACAUAAAGGAGGAAUGGAACGGGAACAUUUCGUGUAUGCUGCCUCCGCAGAGCGGCAGCAUCGAAGUCACGGGCACCAUGAGGCUGGUCGUCGCUAAGCCCCCAGCGAACCCUCAAUUGAUCUCACCCCCUCAGUCCAACUUCAAAGAAGGAGACAUCUUCAUGGCGCAGUGUGUCGUGCCCAAUGGACGACCUGCAGCCAGGAUUACCUGGUUUUUGGAUGAUGACCAAUUCCUAACUGGAGUACACCAACCCAUAAUAUCUUCGGAACCCGGCAUCGAUCUUGAGACAAUCAGCCAGAACAUCACCAAGGAGCUAUCUGCUGAUGAUAACGGCAAGCGUCUGGUCUGCAGAGCGGAGCAUGAAGCCCUGGACAGCCCCAAAGAUGCAGCUAGGCAGCUCGUUGUGUACUAUCCACCAAAACGCACCGAAAGCGGUCCAAUCACGAUCUUCGGCCUCAAGAUCGGGUCGGAGGGACGUCUGAACGUGACGGUGAGGUCCAACCCACCUCCAGAAGCCCAAUGGACCGUAGGAGACUUGGUAAUCACUGCUCCCCAGAAGAACGAAGAAUCCACUAUUACUGCGCUCGAGCCAUUACACCUGGGUGGCGGCUACUACAACAUCACCUUAGUCCUAACAGCUGUGGCUAAAGAGGAUGUAGACAGGACAUACUAUCUUCGAGUGACCAAUGAUCUUGGAAGAGAAGAGUUUUCCUUGAGACUGAGCACCAUGGACGAACCUGCAGGCGUCGAACUAAGCCCUGGAGCGAUCGCUGGAAUCAUUGUGGGCGUCUUGUUAGUCAUCAUUGUCGUCUCUCUGACCGUCUACGCGAAGGCCACUGACAAAUGGUGUUUUGAAGAUGCCGAGAGUCCCGAUAACGCGAAAAGCUCUGGAGAAUCGGCGGCGGCUGGGGAUGUGCUUUUACAGACAGGAAACCCGCUACCCCCCAAAAUUGACACAGAAAGCGCCGUCGGCCGCCAGAGGUCGCGACUGAGCGCUCUAAGCGCGCGCGUCAGAGCGGUUCUUCCCCGGGGCAGGGACCGCGUGCAGGCCACCGCCAACGCAGAGGCUGAACCAGAGAACGUCGCCGAAGAAAAGAAAGGAGUAGUGUACGCAGAGUUGGCACUCGCCGAACAGUCGGCUGACAAGCCACCUCCCCCGUCCACGGAGUAUGCAGAGAUCGUCUACACAGACCAACCGGGACAGAUAAAGGAAGACAAAGAGUAG